CGCAUAUCCAAGCUACAUCUGAAAGGAGGAAUCGAACCAUGCUUGACAUGGUUCGUUCUAUGAUGGGUCAUUCGACUCUACCAGAAUCAUUCUGGGGGUAUGCGCUGAGCACUGCAAUAUAUACUCUUACCAGAGUUCCAACCAAGGCGGUUGAAGAAACACCAUACCAACUAUGGACGGGCAAAUGCCUGGUUCUGUCACACUUAAAGAUUUGGGGCUGUGAGGCUUAUGUCAAACGUCGUUUGACGAAUGGCAAGCUUGACGCCAAGUCUGAUAAGUGUUUCUUCGUGGGAUACCCAAAGGAAACUCAAGGGUAUUCAUUCUAUCACCCUAUCGAUAAGAAGGUAUUCGUUGCUCGCAAUGGUGUCUUCCUCGAGAAGGAAUUUCUCUCCAUCGCAACUAGCGGGAGAAAGAUAGAGCUCGAAGAAAUUCGAGACGACGAAGAAACUAUCGCGCCGGUUCUGGAACAUGAGCUAGAGGAACAAACUGUUAUACCUCAAAAUGCUCAAGAUACACAAGAACCCCGUAGGUCUAACUGGUUACGCACACAACCUGAAAGGUAUGGAUUCCUCCAAACCUUUGAGGGUGACGUAAUGCUUAUCGACCAGGAUGAGCCGGAGACCUACCUCGUGGCAAUCAGUUGUCCCGAGGCUGAGGAAUGGCGUCAAGCCAUGCAGUCCGAAAUGGAUUCCAUGUACACCAACCAA